AUAUCUAAUGUUUCACCUUUGAAACCUUUGAGUUUAGUAGUACAUGCUAAUAUAAUGGCUUGGAAAAAUAAACUAUUUCGAAUACUCAUGUUGUAGACGAUUUUGUAAAUACGAUCAGUUAUAAAGAAAACAAUGAGACUGGAUCUAAUCACGCAAAAGAACAAUAUCCUAUGACUAGUAAGUAGAUAAUAACUUAUGCCAAUGAUAUUAGGAUGGAGCCUAUGGAUUUGAAUUUUAGAUCCAUCACAAAAAAUUGGAAACAAAGUUGUGCAAAUUUUUUGUUUCAUUUAUUACAAUAUGUAGAUUUGGCUUCAAGUUUUUUAAUAGAUUACAACCCUUUAAUUUUUGCCCAUUAAUUGUUUAACUCAAUUAGUGUUUUUUCGGCAGUUCCAGUUUCAUUUCUAUGAAAUUAUAUCUACGUAAUGUGUAUACUAGUUAUGGUUUAGCUAUAUAAUUUCUUCUAGUAGUAAAUUCUUACAAAAUAAAAAUACGCGAUAUAUGACAAUCCGUACUCGAUUAAAUUCACAUUUUUAAACCCAAAUUUCUGUAAAAUGAUGGAGCCUAUUAGCAUUUACAGAAAGUUGAGAAUACGUAUAAACAAUGGUUAAAUUCAAUCGGCAGGUUAUUUCAUAACAACAACAUAACUUAAAACAUUAAUAAUUUAGAAUUAUGCUAUUUUGAUAGUAUUUAGUUUAAACAAAUAAGUAUAUUUUUUUUUUUUAAUUUUCUAAAUAUGUUAGAGAAAACUCAUAUUAACAAUCACAUUUUAUUUAACGUUAAACUGCAUUAAUUAAUUUCUUAUGUUCACUUGAAAAUACGUUUAGUUUGGGUUUGAGUGUUUAAUCUAUUGUAAAUAAGAGACAAAAAUUUCAUUCUAAAAUACCAGAUACAAACAUUUUAAUAUAUUAUAUUAAUAACAUUUGCCACUUAUUUCGAAAACAUUGGCACAAUGGCUCACACUUCUUCCCAAACUACUAUCGUAUUCGUUGUUGUUGCUUUGAUUUGUGCGUUCGUUCCUGCAUUCUCUUUUGAAGAAGCUGAAGAAAAAUUACUAUGGGAUACAUGUCUUCUUAAAAUCAGUCCAAAAUGUGCGUUGGAUAUAAUUGGUGUUGUCUUUGAAAAUUUAACCAUCACUGAUGCAUGUUGUCAUGAUCUUGUUCAAGAAGGAAAAAUGUGUCACGAUACUCUUAUCAAAUAUAUUGCUGAGAAGCCGCAUUUAGUUGCCCACGAAACAGAGUAUUUGAAGAAAAGUGAUGAUUUGUGGACUCAUUGUGUCUCAAUUUCGCAAACUGCUUAAAAAUUUGUUAUGCUUGUAUUGAUCUGAUUAACAGAAUUUUUAUUUAACUAUCGUUAAAUUUUAUUUGAUCAAAAAUUGUGGAUCAAACAGUAUGCAAUAUAAAGCGACCAUCAAGUGAAUCUCAUUCUAAAUGAAUCAAUAAAAAUAUUAACUCAAUUGACAAACAAUGCGCUAACCAUACAAGAUUGUUAAACUAAUAACAAGACAUAUAUGAAUAAUUUCAAACAAUAUUGCUUAAUUAGUUUGAUUUAACUUAUCUUUAAUUUUAAAAAUUAAUUUUCAACUACGAUGUCAAUAAUUAUUUUUACAUAAACUGAAAAUUAUCUUGGAUAAUUUAAAACAAGAAGCUAAGAAAAUAUCUAAUGUUUCACCUUUGAAACCUUUGAGUUUAGUAGUACAUGCUAAUAUAAUGGCUUGGAAAAAUAAACUAUUUCGAAUACUCAUGUUGUAGACGAUUUUGUAAAUAUGAUCAGUUAUAAAUAAAACAAUGAGAUUGGAUCUAAUCACGCAAAAGAACAAUAUCCUAUGACUAGUAAGUAGAUAAUAACUUAUGCCAAUGAUAUUAGGAUGGAGCGUAUGGAUUUGAAUUUUAGAUCCAUCACAAAAAAAUUGGAAACAAAGUUGUGCAAAUUUUUUGUUUCAUUUAUUACAAUUUGUAGAUUUGGCUUCAAGUUUUUUAAUAGAUUACAACCCUUUAAAUUUUGCCCAUUAAUUGUUUAACUCAAUUAGUGUUUUUUCGCCAGUUCUAGUUUCAUUUCUAUGAAAUUAUAUCUACGUAAUGUGUAUACUAGUUAUGGUUUAGCUAUAUAAUUUCUUCUAGUAGUAAAUUCUUACAAAAUAAAGAUACGCGAUAUAUGACAAUCCGUACUCGAUUAAAAUCACAUUUUUAAACCCAAAUUUCUGUAAAAUGAUGGAGCCUAUUAGCAUUUACAGAAAGUUGAGAAUACGUAUAAACAAUGGUUAAAUUCGAUUGGCAGGUUAUUUCAUAACAACAACAUAA